GCAACAUGCGUUUGCCCUCUUUAACGUGAUGACGUUUCCAUGGAAACUGGUGGGCAUCAACAACUCAGGCGAAGUAUGGAGUUGACAGGUAGCAGCUACAGUGGAACUUACAAGAAUGGCAGGAUGGAAGGAGAAGGAGAGUAUACUUUCCCCACUGAAACAAGAUAUGUUGGACAGAUGAAAGAUGGAAUGUUUCAUGGCAAAGGUGUGCUCUAUUUUCCAAAUGGAAGUAAAUAUGAGGGAACAUGGGACAAUGGACGGUCCAAGGAGGGAAAAUAUACUUUCUUGGAUGGAUUGGAGUAUGAGGAGGAUGACUGGGACUUCUGUGAUGGCUAUGACAGACGCUUCUAUACUGAGAGGUGCAAUGGGCUGAAACCUGCAGGAGAGUCCCAACUGACCAACCUGGUACCCCCACAAGUGAUCCCUGAUGGCUGCUAUGACUGUGGAGACGGUUUCUAUGAUCCCAAAACCAGAGUUGUGACAGAUUAUCACCAUAAUUUCCUCAGGAAUGCAGAUGACGAAGAACACGAGUGGAUUGUGCGCACUUGUCGGAAGAGCUGGGAUGAGAUCGUUGGAGCAAAGAACUACAAGUCUGAUCUCUAAUAAACAAGGACUUUGACACUUAGCUUGAUAAACGGACAAUUAUUUAAUCUAAUAAACUGAAGAAUUUCCAAAAACAA